AAUUAGAUUAACUGUGUAAAAUAUAAAGGUGGUGAUCUUUUUGGAUUACUUUCUUGUAAUUUCCUCUUUAAAAUUCAGGUGUAUCCGUCACAGGUUGUCAUUUUACCGCUAACCACAAUGAGAGACGUCACACCUUCUGAAAAAUACAUGUAUACUUAAAAUAGAAAAGGAACACAGUGCACGUCGUAAAUUUUCAUAGUGAAACCUACUGACACUGCCUGCAAUAGUCAUGGCAGGCUCUGGAUUACUUAGUGUUAUAAUAUGUGUUGGAUUUACUAGUGUUUGUUAUGUUGUGUCUUAUCCUUUCUACGCGUACCACAAACUCCCUACCUCCAUCGUCCCUGUGAACUGUGGGGGGAACAGCACGGUGUAUGAAGUGAUGGGAAUCGGGCACCAGUUAUGUGGUGAAGAUUACAUUAACACUAAAAAGGAAAAUGUAACUCAGUUUGGAAAAGAUUUUUUGAAAUACAUGGACGAUUGGUCUACGCUAUGCAAGAUGGAUUCCGAUAACGACAAUCGAACGAAUGGACAGGAACUCGGCGACCCCGACUGUAACUGGAUCAACAAGGACGAACGCAAGGCCGUCAGUCAUCCUGGGUAUGGGGAGGACGAGGUGAUCGAUGAAAAUGGGGAAGUAUCCUACGUCAUUCAAAAUCAAGAAGAGGUAUGUGGAACUCCGGACAAGGUCACGUGCUGGAGAUACACGCAUGGACGAGGAAUUCACCACAGAUAGGGACUUCCGGUCUGGUAAAAAAAAAACCCAGCAACCAAGAGUACAAAUCUUGAAGGGCCGCACACUUGAGUACUUCUGAAGACAAUUGUUUUAAACACUGAUGUGAUUGCAUUAUGAUGAAUAGACAUUAAAGAGAUGUAGAAAAGUAUGAGGCUGUCACGAUAUAUAAUUGUACACUGUAUUAUGAAAUUUGUUAUCUGUACAUAGAACAUGUUUGAUAAUGUACAUGUAAUUACUAUAAAUUAUACUUGUGUGGU